AGCGCCGGAAGUUGUGCUGGCCGCCGGAAGCCUCUGUGGGAGCAGCGAAGGGAUCCGGUUCUUUGCAGCCCGUGGUUUGUGUUGGGGUCGGGGGCGCUCGCGUCUGCAAGGCAUGGGCCUCCUGAGUGGGGCCGUUCGAGCCCUGAUGCGGGGCGCUGACCGGAUGAGCAAGUGGACCAGCAAGCGCGGCCCUCGCACCUUCUGCAAGAGCCGCGGCGCCAAGGGCACCGGAGUCCGAGCGCUCGACGGAACGUUCGUGCAGGUCAAGGAGAUGGUCCCGGAGCUGGUGGUGCCCGAGCUGGCCGGCUUCAGGCUCAAGCCCUACGUGAACUACCGCGCCCCGGCGGGCACGGACACACCCCUGACGGCCCGGCAGCUCUUCCAGGAAGCUGCGGCGCCCGCUGUCGCGAAGGACUUCGAGAACGGCACCUUUGACCCCGAGCACCUGGAGAAGUACGGCUUUGAGCCCACCCAGGAAGGCAAGCUCUUCCAGCUGUACCCCAAGAACUUCCCGCGCUAAGAGCGGGGCAGCCGAGGCCUGCGCCCGCCCGGCUCCGCCUACCGCCGUCCCGGGCGUGGGCCGGGGAGGCGCUUCUCUCAGUCCGGUGCCAUUAAAGACCCUGGUUACCGUG